GUAAAUUUUAAUAACGGUAGGAUGUGGAUAGCGUAAGUUCGAGUGCGGAAUUUUCGUUGUGUCAUAAACAACUUCAGUGUGUGGCAGGCUUCCUGCUUCAUACCACAAGCUGGGAAAAAGGCCAAGAAAGUGAGUUCAACCUUGACAGUGAAAGGAAAAAGCAAUGGUUAUGAAUAACGACACUCUGAAGCAGGGAACGCCGACUCAUGCUAGACAACUCGCGGAGAGCGACGACAUUGCUAGCAGUUUGGUCUUAGACUCGACGCUGGGUUUUACCACGCAUAAAAUGGCCACCAGAUUUCGUCCUCUGAAGGUGGAUCAAGAAAUCGUAAAGAAGGCACUCGAGCGAUACGCCAAAGACGGAGACACAGAGCAAGCUUACAACGAAAUUGUCUUCAACGGGGGGGAUUGGGGGCGAUGCUACUUCAUCACAAAAUCCAAAACUCAGAUUGCGGCCUUCAAGGAACACGUAAGUUUAUAUAUUUUGGUCCACAGUCAAAAUUCUUUUCUUCCUUUAUGUUAUUUUCCUUCUCCGAAAGUGCAGCGUAUUUUGAACUGAUUUGAAGGAGCUUUCGUAUUUCGAUUUGUAAACGCGUGUUCCGCUUUGUGUUGCAAAGAGCUUUACUACGACUUAAAAAAACUUUUGUGUGUUCCUAAUUUAUGCACGAAGCGGUUUUAUUGUUUUAUUUUCAGGUAUCCAACUCUUGCAUGUCAAAUCUAAUGUUCGGAUUUGAAUUUUCACCGAACGUCAUCGGCUAGAUUUUUUCGGUUUGAUAUUUUUGACUUCCGUUGUAAAUCGAAAUUCAAUAUGGGGGUUUGGAAAUGACGUAAUCGUGCGCUGAGAUGAUUUCGGUGCCGGCGUGCCGUUUCACAAUGCAUUUUGUGUCCCCCACAUCAGCCAAAAGCAAAGCGCACUUGAUUACAGAACUUUUCCUAUAUAUGAAUCAUUAAUCCAAGUGAUCUUGAUAUUUACAUGGCUAUAGGCGAAUCUUUGCAGAUGUCAUUGUUUACAUUUUUUCUCAUUAGAAUACGAAGAAUCUGUGGCCAUAUAAUUAUACCAACUAAAUUCAGAAGUUGAAAGAGCUGAUGAACUUGAGCAAUUUGUGCAAUUUUCAGCUCUUUGCAAGUAAUAUUGAAGAAAUAUCAGCCAUUGAAAACUGCAAAAUUGCUGGGUGGCAAAACAGUUAAUUAGCUAUAUAUAAUCAGAUAAUUUCUCCGAAACCAUUCGGCAUAGCAGGCUCAAAUUUUCAGAGAUAACUGAAAUUGUUAUGCUCUUUCAAUAUUCAGAGGUUUUAUUUUAUUAGCUUUAUCAGAUAAUGAUAAGCAUAUAUUAAUUAGGCAAAAAAUAUAAAUAAAUAUUUGCCUAUAAAAAUACAAAUUAAGGACUCACUUUGGAAAAGUGUGAUAGCCUGGAAUCUAGAGAAAGGGCGAUAGGAACUUCAAUUCACACAGUAAUAUUGUCGCAUGACUAGCGUAUAACUCAAAUUACACAACAUCAGUUGUGAACAGGAUAAUCUGUGAGAGGCUUUUUUCAAUAAAGCAGCAAUCAGUAAAACAGACAUCAGGAUAAAUAAUAUUGUAACUUUAGUUUUGGGUUUGUAAAGUGCUUUGUAUGGUGUGUUGCAUCCCUCCAAAUAAUCCUCCAAGUGCCUGUGCAUCCGCUUUCAACCCAGGUUACCACUCUUUUCCAUAGUGAACUGUAUAGACCAAUAGAUCAGUGGUAUAGUUUACUGUUCUCACUUUCAUCCACUUUGAUGAAGAAGGACAGAAAUAAAAGGUGACAUGUUUUUCUUUUGAUUGUAUGCAAAACAAUAGUUCUUUGAUCUUUAACAGCUUCUUCUUCUCGACUAUACAAACAGGUUCCUUUAUAAAGGAAUCAGCCUUACAUUACUCUUUGUUUUCACUUAGAAUACAUUAGCAAAUGUCUACAAAUUAAAUGCUUUUUUUCUGCAUUAGGUUUUCAGAUACAUUGGGAUUUUUAAUUCAAACUCUGGUUUUAAAGUCGUGCCUUGUGACCGAUAUUCUGGUGAGGAACGAGGUGCAAAAGUUGUGUCUACAUGUGAUUGGUAAGUAGAUCUUAAUAGUUGUCUUCAAAAGUGCUUUUCCUCUCAGGGCUCAGAAAUAUACGAAAAAUGAAAUAACUUGCUCACAGUCAAGUCCUAACUGAUUGAAAUCUGUCAUCCUGGUCUUGCUUCAAGGAAUGAUUCAACUGUGGCAGGAUUAGGUCAGUCAGUAGAGCGCUUGACUGCAGAGCGAGAGGUCGCAGGUUCAAUUCCCGGGGCCGGACCAAUACUUAAAAUAACUUAGAAAUGUAGGUACAGUUUUCUUUGCCCUGCAGGCGGCUGGACGUUUGCGUGGCUCAGAUGACCACGUAAAAUGGCGGUCCCGUCUCCAUUAGGAGACGUAAUAAUAGUGUCUCCAGUUAGCGCUUCCAUGCUAAAUACAUUGACACCGAAAUAAAGUGCCUUUUUUUGAUAGACUCAUAGUUUUAAAAUUGAGUUUUGGUUGGAAAUAUGAAAUUUGCAGGGUGUUAUGAGUGUUGGCCACACGUUGAAAGUGAUUCAAGGGUCUUGAGAACUCAAAAAUGGCCUAUCCUGACAAACACUUGAUACUAUUAAUAUUACAAGGCUUGAAAAAACUUGAAUUUGAGCUUGUGCUGUGGGAAAGCAGCUCUCAUAUUCUGCUUGUCUAGGGCCACUUCUUGCUUGUCUUAGUUAAUGAUUUGUUAGGGGAUGACUGGCCUAGACCCUGCCCACGGGGCAAAAUAGCUUAAAAAGUUACUUGCCCAGGAAGAAAAUGUACUUGUGUCAGACUACCAGACAGGACUUUUUUCUUGGUGGAUCGAUUGUUAUUACAGGCACAUUUAACUGUGUCAAACUUUCAGUGUGUUAUCCAAUGCCUAAGUUUAAAAUCUACUGUUAUCUACAGAUAGCCCAGAGUUGUGCUCUAGCAGCACCCAGAGGCCCGUAGCACCUUGCUUUUGCUCUCGCGUGACUAGAAAAUCUCAGUUUUUGUUUAGAAAUCAUAUGCUAGGCAGCCUGGAUUUCACAGGUUCAGAGCAUUGGGCUCCCUAGAAUUUCUCUUAGAGCACAGCCUUGUAGCCAAUAUAGUGUUUUUAUUGUGGGACUGUGUUGCAGCAGAGGCCAGUGGCGGCUAGUGAGGUACUUUAAUAUACCAUAGGGCAUGGAGGAAAUAUUAGCCUUUGCAAAAGACUUGAUGCUGUACAUUGUAUAUGCCAGGCACCCUCAUAGAUUAUUAUUUUGGCUCCCAUUUCAUAGCACAGAGGAAAUUUUUUUUGCCAUGCUUAGUGAAUUAUCAUUCUUCUACUUUUAGGUACAAAGGUGACAAGCUUCCGUAUCUGUGUGGAUGCAUUGCAGCAAUGACUGAGGAGGAAGAGAAAAAGCUUCUACGUCCUGGAGAAAAUGAUUUUAGCAUUAUGUUUUCCUGUAGGAAGAAUCUAUCACAACUGUGGCUAGGGCCUGCAGCAUACAUCAACCAUGGUAUGUAACAGAAACAAAUCUUAUUUAUGUAAUAUUAUAUAGUUUAUGAUUGUAUACAUGUACAAUAAUUGUAUUAGACAGUAUAAACCACUUAUUCACAAGUGAAUAGCAUUCAUUUUGUAAGGCAAUAGAGUAAACCCAUUACCCAGAAUGGAAUGAUUUAACAUAUCUUCCUUUGUUUCUCUUGCAGACUGUCGGCCCAACUGCAAGGUAUGCUUCCAUAUAAGUUGGUAUCUUGUGCCUUUCAAACAUGCCUGAGAUGGUUUUCCUACUAAGCUGUCCUAUCUUCCACCCAAAUUCAUUAACGUGAACUUUAACAGGGUUGUAAGUGCUCUCUUAUGGUUAUUAUUACUCCUGAAACAAAAGCAAGUUUGUAUGGCUAAACAGUAAGUUUAGUUGUCAAACUGCAAGCAGUGAUUUGCUUUAUGUAAUCCUUUUUUUCUGAGAUGGCCUAAAACUGUUUUGGCUGCCUUAUCCAGCAUUUUUGUCCCUACUAGUGUGCAAGUUCAGGGCUGUGCUCUAGCAGAGCCCAGGGGCCCCUGGCACCUAACUUUUGCUCUUGGAGGACCAGAAAAUCUUAGUUCUUUCAUGCAAAUCAUACACUGUGCACCCUAGUUUUUAAAGGUUCAGAGCACUGCGCCCCCUUCAAUUUUCCUUAGAGCAUAGCCUUGGAGGUGGUACUGACAGUGCUUGAGUUGCAUGUGAAUACAAAUCUUUUGCAAACGAAUUUCUUGUUCCAAGGAAAGGUCCUUGGUUACACUGUAAACAAAUUUAAUGAUUGUCAGUGCUAAUAGGUACAGUUGGUUAAUGAGGUUUUAUUGUGUGGUGCAGUUUGUGUCCAUAGGUCGAGACACUGCUUGUGUUAAAGUGCUGAGAGACCUGGAGCCUGGUGAGGAGAUCACAUGUUACUAUGGUGAUGAUUUCUUCGGCGACAACAAUAGCAAUUGUGAAUGUGUGACAUGUGAAAGGUACAUCCCUUUAAGCUUUUCUUAACCCAUUCGCUCCUGGAGAUUUUGCCGAAAAACGCGUUUUGAAGCUAGUCGAGUGGUUUUCUGGUCACUGUCGUACUAUAAAGAGCUAAAACUUACCACAAACCGGUUUACAGGUCGUACACUUGGCGGCCUUCUGAUCCAGAUGCAAAAUAUCAGCUUGCGAAGUUGGGGCAUGCGCAGAAAGCAAAAUUUCGAGAUAGUUUUUGGGUUUAAAAGUGACACAGCAGUCUUGACUUUUACUUUUCGCUUUCUCUCCUCCCUUCUUUUUUCGCUUUUCUUGCCUCAUUUUUUUUUCUCUUGCUGGGCAUUUAGUAGGCUUCAUUUUGGUGGGAAGAGUUUUUAGGAAAGCUUUUAGGAUCUUAGGAUUAGGUGAAAGGAAAGGUAGGUGGGUAAUGGAACAAGAUUUUCAUGGAGAUUUUCAGGUCCUUGUCACGUGGCUUUUUGCUUCUUUCUCCGGUGUCCUUGACUGAAUUGUGCUCAUUCUGGUAUGGUUUGAAAGAUCUCUUCACUCUACACAAGUUAGCGAAGGAAGUUGUCCUUGACCGUUAAAACUGAUGACGUCACAAAGGGUAGAAAGGACCUGGAUCCGCACGGGCGGUUAUGGGCGGUUCAGGGGCGAAUGGGUUAAACAGGAUUCACACCAUUCAAAAAAGAAGCAUUUCUUGAAAUUAUUGAUUUAAUUUUAAUAAUAAGUUUGUUGCUACGUACAAUUUUUCUGUGCUUAUCAACUGUACUUUCAGUUGUAGUGGAUUUAGUUGAGCACCCUCGUUAUCAAGCUCUCUUUAUCGUGAUCAAAGAAAGAGUUUUGGGGCCUUGGUCCCUUUGGGACAAAGAGAAAUUUUAUGAUAUGAGAUUAAGGUGGUUUACUUGUUAUCAUCAUGAUUUGAUCCUUCUCCCCCAGUGGAGAACAUGGUAGGAGUAUUUUAACAUGUGUCCAGUUCAUUAUAGUAAACUAAUAUAAUUUAUUGUUGUUAGUAAUAGUCAAAGCUGCAAAUAAUCUUAUUACCACCAGACUUGAAAAAGUGACUCGUUUUCCAUUAGUCCAAUAUUAUCAAACCAAACAGGACCAUUGGGAGUAUUUAUAAAUUUACAGAUAUGUUUAUUCUUUUUCAAAGAGCAUUUUUGACUGGGCAAUGUUUUGUUAAUAUCUUUUUACAGACGAGGUACUGGGGCAUUUACAUCCAAGGUGAAAGCUGAUGAUAAGAAACAAAAGUAUAGUUUCAGAGAAACGGACAAGAGGUUAAAGAGGUUGGCUCGCCGAAUGACAGGUAAAUGCUACAAAAUUAUUAAGAAAUUAGAAGUCAGCUUACUGUUCUUGGUAUGGUGUAAUGAAAGCGCUGUUUAAUAGUAGCCUUAGUCAAGUAGUUGUACAAUGAUUGUAGAACAACCUGUGAGCAAUUGUUUUUGUUGCAAGUUACCCUUUACAGUAAAGGUUCAAGACAACUGCAAUAGAAAGAAAAUUUCAUUAAAAAAAAAAAAGACUGAGAGUCAUCAUAAAUGCUUCUGAGAUUUGGACGUGUGGUUGCAUAAGACUCCAAGGCCAUAGUUUUUCUAUGUACAGUUUUGGACUUUAAGGACAGGCUUUGGCUUACUGUACAUGUUUCUGAUAAUAAUUAUUUUUACUCCGCUGACACACAAAUCAGUAAUGAGAAAUCAUUUUACUGAUUCUAUGACAGUUGCGUGAAAAUAAUUUCAUGAGAAUCUGACUCUACUGGUAAAAAAAAGUAUUAUUGUUAGUUCUUGAUUGAAUAAAGUCAUACAAGUAACGGUUGAUUUAUGUCUCACAAUCCUUCCAUUACUUUCUCACAGGCUCAUUUCUUGAUGUUGAUAAUGUUCCCUCACCUAAAGUGUCAGAUUCUGUGGACAGUGGUGCAGAAGAAAAACUUUGUGAAGAAAUUGAUUGCUUGAUAUCUGUUGAUCUCCACACAACUGAUCGUGAACGAAACCAAUCAACAACCACAAUUCCUACAAGUAGAUUUUAUUCUUCUACUAAAAGACCAAAACCUCGUGCCAGUGUCACAAUUGGUCUAAAAGAACUGAAUGCUGCAAAAAGAAAACGGCGGAGAAAAGGCCCAAGGUUAUGCAUGCCCACAAAACGUCGGAGAAAGCAUACUUUUAUUGGACAUAUUACAGAAGGCCCACUCGAUGAAGUUUGUGCGUUUGUUCCACCAGAGAGGCACACAUCUGUGGAUAGUGGUGUGGACAUAGCUGACAAUGAUUUGUUUACGUAUAGUGAUAAAUAUAAAUCUAACUUUGCGUGUGACUUGUAUCUUCCAUCAAGGUCAUUGGGAAAGAACAGUGAUGGUUUAAUGCUGGCCCGACAUCGUUUAUCUCUGGAUUCAAAUCUUGGCCUUCUUCCUCUUCAGAAAAGCAGUGCCAGUUAUCGCUGCCCGUGCUGUCCUUGAACUUUUUAAGUCAGUGGAACAUUGAAAACUAUUAUCCAUGUGUCUCAGCACUACACUUACGAAAACUUUCAGUACCUUGAACCUUUGCUAAAAAAAGACCUUUAGUAUUAGGCCAUUUGCGUGAUGAUGUCUUUUUACUGCUGCGACCAGAUUUAAUUUUUUUCUCUUUAAUAUUUAAAAUUGGUAAUCCCAGUGAGGUUUUGUUUAAAAAAAAACCUAAUCUGCAUGACAAAGCAAAACCGUGAAGGUUCUGGUAGUUGUAGUAUAAUGACGCCAUCAUGCAAUGGCUUUUUGUGACGUAUACACCUGACUUCAGUCAAUUUUAUCAGUUUCAUGAAAGUUUAGUUUUGGAAAAUGUACACCCCUUCCAUUUCCACUGACCCACAGGAACGACAGUUCAGCUUUGCUGUAGAGAGGCAGCUGAGAGUUUCCUCCCACAGCACUUCCUUCCUCAAUAUUAGGGAGUUUAUGCAUCUGCUACAGUGAUGGAAGUUAAGAUGUGUGACUAAUCAAGAUGGCAGUGUAGUCACAAUCUUUCACAUUUUACAGCUGCAAUGACCAGCUCCCUUAAUUUGUCAAGAAACUAAUGUCAGAAAAUUUUCCCACCAUUAAAAAUUUUUUAGAGACUGCAUCUACAUUAAAAAAAUGAAAAUAAUGAUUGGUCUUCCUAAAUUGCCUUAGCCUGCAAGAGCAGAUUUUUAUUUUGCUCCUUAAACCUGUCAUUUUUUGUACUUCACUGAUUGUUGUUGCAUAAAGUCCCUUUCAGCAUUGACAUUUUCUGGGUCUACACAUAAUUUCUUUGUGGGGAAAAUUAAGAAAAAAAAACUAAAAAAUAUUAGUGUUGUAUCCACAUUAAAGUAAUAUAUUCAUCUAUAAAAUAAUAAUAAUAAUUAUUAUUAUUAUUAGCCGGAAAACAAUGACUUACAAGAAUGUGACUCGUUUCUCUUUGAUGUCUUCUCUAUUUUACAUUAAGCAAGUUAACUUAUAUGUGCCAGAUGAGUAUUGUUCAACAUUACGUCAGUGUCUUAUCUUUUGUUAGCGUGUGGGUUCUAAAUUGCCUAAAGAAAUAUUAAGUCUGUAGUUCUGUAUCAAUUCUGACUUUCAAAGGAAGAUUACAAUCAGGAUUUUCAGAAAUGCAGUUGGUUUAACUAAAACACCCGUUUUUCUAUGUGGCAAGGGAAUUUGAGGGAGGUUCCUUUCAUUUCAAAAUAGGUGGAAUUGUUAUUAUUGGGGUGCUGUGGCACUUGUUGUCAGCUUUAUCUUGAAUAUUGUACCCUUUUAUAUUGCCAGGAAUGUUCUUCUU